UGCGGCGCGCCGCAACCGGCUCGGCUCUUCUCUUCUCUUUCCUCCACCUUCUUUCCUCAGCCACCAUUAGCCCUCUCCGUCUCCGCCCUAGCCCGCCCGCACGCAAACCCUAACCCUAGCCCGCUCGUACGCCCGCCGACCUACUCCUUCUGAUGGCGGACGAGCCGCCGGCAUCACUCCCGGCCGCCGCCGAGCCGCCGGCACCUGCUCCCGCCGCCGCCGAACCGGAGAAGCCGGAGGAGGCCGAGGCAGAGGAGGGGGACGAGGAGGACGCGCUGCUGGACCGCGCGCAGGCGCUGAUCUCGCGGGUCGUCGGGCAGGAGGCCGACCCCAACCCGCGCCUCAUACACACCCUCGCCACCAUCUGCGAGGACCAGGAGGCCAGGCAUCUGCAGGAGUGCGCAAGUGACCCGGCGUUCAACAACGCAAACACGAGGGGUUCCCAUACAAUAGGCAAGCUGGCGAAUCUGAUCAGGGAGAACGAUGAAUUCUACGACCUUGUGUUCUGCAAGUUCUUGUCUGACACGUCGUACUCAGUGGCAGUACGCUGCGCUUCUGCCAGGCUGCUCCUGAGCAUCCACAAUGCAUGGGUGCCGCAGUUUCCGCAUGCUUUUGAAGAUGCUACUAUUGCAAAUUUAAAGAACUGGAUAAGGGAAGAUGGUGAAGCCUGUGACUGGAAGCAUGUAGAAAGUGGUAAAAAACCAACAGAUACCGAGAUGCUGAGAACAUAUGCUAUUGGGCUGCUUUCCAUGGCGUUGUAUAGCGGUGGGCAAUUGGUAGAAGAUGUCUUAAACAUGGGGGUAUCAGCCAAGCUCAUGCAUUUUUUGCGAACACAAGUCUCUGGGGAUGUCACAUCUUCACAGAAAGAUGCCAAUCUCCUAUUAGGUACCAAGCAUCCUCGGGGUAGAGAUGAGAACAGGAGCAAAGUACGGUUUGUUCAAGACAGCUCUGUAUUGGACGGAACUAGGGCUGGAGAUGGAAUACUGACUGACCCAACUUCGGAAAAGGACCUUGCUCCUUGUGUUGUGAUGAGGCAAGCAGAUAGCGAACGAUUGACGGAUGACACUGUUGAUAUGCCGCAGGCAGAUGGGCUAAUGCGCUCAACUGGUUCCGAUAUGAAGACAGUCUAUGGGGAAAAGCAUCCUCCAUGUGAAAGCUUGAGAGAUGAACACUUGAAGAGAAAGCUGAGUCGUACAGGGUCUCGACUAAGAGGGGAAAGCAAAACAGCUGAAAGCUUGACUGAGAGUGAGCGGACACCUUUAUCACCAACCUCAGGAUUGAGAAUUGGAAAUCGGGCUAGCAAAGACAAGAAUGCGGCUAAAGUCGAGGACCCAAAGAAAGCAAUCGAUUUGAACAAUAGCUCUGCAGGCCUUGAGGCUUAUACUGCUAUAUCGAAAGAGGAGUAUGAAGACCGGUUCAGGGAUUGCAUUAUUGGCUUGAAGGAUAUAACUGACAUUGUUUUGAAGGCAGUUAGAGCUGCAGAAGCGGAAGCCAGAUCUGCAAAUGCACCUGAGGAAGCUGUGAAAGCAGCAGGUGAUGCUGCUGCUGAGCUUGUGAAAUCUGCCGCUUUAGAGGUUUGGAAGAGUGAAAAUAAUGGUGACGCAGUUGUAUUAGCUGCUGAGAAAGCUGCAACUACUGUCGUUGAUGCUGCCAUCUCCACUAGUGUUUCACGAAGCUCUGACCAAGUUAAUGAGGAGCAUGUGGUUGAAGAAGCUGCGAAAAUCAGCGAGGACCAGGAUUUGGAAGAUUUUGUUACCCCCGACUACGAGCAGCUCUUGCAACUUAGAGAAAAAUAUAGCAUUCUGUGCUUACAGGUUUUGGGAGAGUAUGUUGAAGCUUUGGGUCCUGUUCUGCAUGAAAAGGGUGUUGAUGUUUGCCUCGCAUUAUUGCAACGGGGCAUCAAAGACCAGGAGGGAUGUGGCCACUUUGCUCUACUUCAUGAAAUUCUUCGAUUAAUUUGUGCCCUGGCCGCCCACCGGAAAUUUGCUGCGCUAUUUGUUGAUCGGGGUGGUAUUCAGAAGAUCCUCUCUGUCCCUAGAAUUACUCAGACAUAUACUGCUCUUUCUGCGUGCUUAUUUACUUUUGGUUCCCUCCAGUCUACCAUGGAGCGUGUUUGUGCACUUUCAUCUGACACACUCAACAAUGUAGUUGAACUAGCGCUUCAACUCUUAGAGUGCCCACAAGAGUCAGCUAGAAAAAAUGCUGCCAUAUUCUUCGCUGCUGCUUUUGUGUUCAAAGCUGUUCUGGACUCAUUUGAUGCACAGGAUGGGAUGCAAAAACUUCUGAAUAUUUUACAUGUUGCUGCAUCUGUAAGGUCUGGUGGCAACUCCGCAUUAGGAUCGUCCAAUGCGAAUCAAGGGAAUGAUCGAUCGCCUGCUGAAGUUCUGACUGCAACAGAAAAGCAGGUUGCAUAUCAUUCAUGUGUUGCACUACGGCAAUAUUUUAGAGCUCAUCUUCUCCAGCUUGUUGAUUCCAUCCGGCCAAGCAAGAGUAUCCGUAGUAUUGCUCGGAAUACUUCCAGUGCAAGAGCUGGUUACAAACCUUUUGACAUCGGCAAUGAGGCUAUGGAUGCUAUUUUCCGUCAGAUCCAGCGGGAUAGAAAGUUAGGACCUGCUCUUGUGAGAACUCGCUGGCCUGUGAUGGAUAAAUUCUUGGCCUCUAAUGGUCAUAUAACGAUGAUGGAGUUAUGCCAGAGUCUACCUGCUGAUCGAUAUCUUCAUGACUUGGCUCAAUACGCAUUUGGAGUUCUUCACAUCAUAACACUUAUGCCACACAGCCGCAAAUUGAUGGUGCAUGCUACAUUAAGUAACAACCGCAUUGGUAUGACUGUUUUACUUGAUAUAGCGAACAGUGUUGUUGGCUAUGUUGAUCCAGAGGUGCUAUGUCCAGCAUUGAAUGUGCUUGUCAAUCUUGUAUGCCCCCCUCCGUCGAUCAGCAACAAGCCGUCCUCAACUGCUAAUCAGCAACCUGGGAGUUGUUCAGAAAGCAGAGACAGGAAUGCCGAAAAAAGUACUUCAGAAAGAAAUCUAGCAGCGAACCAAGGUGAAUCUGGCACACCUGUAGUGCCAUCUGGAGUUGUUGGUGAUAAGAGAAUAUCUCUAGGCGUAGGAGCUGGGGGUCCUGGUCUUGCUGCUCAAUUGGAACAAGUGUAUCGCCAAGCUCGAGAAAUAGUCAGAGCCAAUAAUGGUAUAAAGAUUCUCUUGCAGCUUCUUAGUACUCGGAUGGUUACACCUCCUGUGGCUAUUGAUUUUAUUCGAGCCCUUGCCUGUCGUGUACUGCUUGGCUUGGCUAGAGAUGAUGCAAUUGCUCAUAUAUUGACAAAGCUCCAGGUAGGGAAGAAAUUGUCGGAAUUGAUUCGUGAUACCAGUACCCAGACAUCUGGAAGUGAUAAUGCAAGAUGGAUAAAUGAACUGACCCAAGUGGCAAUUGAACUUAUUGCAGUCUUGACAAAUUCUGGUAAAGAAACAACCUUAGCAGCAACUGAUGCUGCUGCUCCAGCGUUGAAGCGCAUUGAGCGAGCUGGCAUAGCUGCUGCUACUCCUAUCUCAUACCAAUCCAGGGAACUGAUGCAACUGAUACAUGAACAUCUCCUUGGAUCUGGCUUGGCUGCUACUGCAGCCAUGUUGCAAAAGGAGGCUGACCUUGCACCUUUGCAGUCAACUGCUGCAGUGCCACCUGUCCACCAGGCCGUUGCCCUGGAACCAUCAUCUGUUCAAGUUCAACAGUGGCCCUCUGGCCGUGUUCAGGGAUUUCCGACUAACAAAACAAUAAUAGCUGAAGAUCAAGAUGGCCAGAGAUCAGAUUCUGUUGUGCCUUCGUCUAAGAAGAAGGCACUGGUCUUCUCAUCCAGUUUUUCUAAACGAGGUCAACCCUUUCUUUCGUUUUCUGGUAAUAGAUCAAGCAAUAGCCUGAGAAGUCCUGUACCUACUGGAAAUGUGGACAAUAUAACUUGCUCUGCUACUACUACCAAUACUGGACAUGAAGAGACAUCGCAUAAAACGCCAAUGCCGUUGCCACUUAAGAGGAAGCUUGUGGAUAUGGACCUUAGUUCAGCGUCGGUAGCAAAGCGGCCUGCAAUAGCUGAUCAAUCAUGUCAAUCUCCUGUAUUCAAAACUCCCGCUCCUACUCGCAGAGGCUUGUCUGUAGCAGUGGAUUCUCCGACUGCCACUUUUCAUCCAGGAAGGACAAACUUCAACAGCAUUUCCACGGAGAACUUUGAAGAUUCCCAAGGCACGCCUGGAGUGGUAACAGGCACACCACAUCUUGGUGCAAAUGAUCAGCAGUCAGGAAAUUUGGAGCGCAUGACACUUGACUCACUGGUUGUACAAUAUUUGAAACAGCAACAUCGCCAGUGUCCUGCUCCAAUAACAACUUUGCCACCAGUCUCUCUGGUGCACCCUCAUGUUUGUCCUGAGCCUAGUCGCAGUAUUAGUGCACCACCAAAUGUAACUGCCCGUAUUGGAAGCCGUGAGAUAAGUAGGGAGUUCAGUGGGAUCAAAGUACCUCGCAGGGAUCGUCAAUUUAUAUACAGCAGGUUCAAGCCAUGCCGUGUUUGCCGUGAUGAGUCUUCGCUGUUGACGUGCAUGACUUUUAUUACAGGUGCAUCACGAGUGGCGGCAGGAAGCCAUACUGGUGAAUUAAAAAUAUUUGACUACAAUACUGCAGGUCUCAUAGAGACGCAAUCUUGCCACCAAAAUCUUGUUACAGUGGUGGAAACAACAUCUUUUGGUGGAAAUGAGCUGAUUCUCUCAUCUAGCAUAAACGAGGUUAAGCUCUGGGAUGCUUUCGCCGUCUCUACAGGACCUUUGCACACAUUUGAGGAUUGCAAAGCUGCUAGGUUUAAUCAUGCUGGGACAUCAUUUGCCGCCAUUUCUACUGAUGCAAGCCGCCGGGGGGUUCUAUUGUAUGAUGUGCAGACACAUAAUAUUGAUAUGCAGCUUCCUGAUAACUCGAACCUUUCAGGUUCAGGCCGUAGUUAUGCACAUCCAGUCAUACAUUUCAGUCCGUCAGAUGAUAUGUUGUUGUGGAAUGGGGUCCUGUGGGAUAGACGAAGUCCGGACCCUAUCCAUAAGUUUGACCAGUUCACAGACUAUUGUGGUGGUGGCUUCCAUCCUGCUGGAAAUGAGGUGAUCCUAAAUUCAGAGGUGUGGGAUCUGAGAAAAUUUAAGCUUCUCAGGAGUGUCCCUUCUCUGGACCAGACAGUUAUCAAAUUCAAUGGCAGGGGUGAUGUUAUUUACGCCAUCCUUAGGCGCAAUCUUGAGGAUGUGACAUCCUCCAUUAAUACUCGUAGGGUCAAACAUCCUCUGUUCCCUGCAUUCCGCACGAUCGAUGCCGUCACCUACUCAGAUAUUGCAACUGUCCAAAUAGACCGUGGUGUCCUUGAUCUUGCUACUGAGCCCAACGAUUCCCUUCUUGGAGUCGUUGCGAUGGAUAAUCCUGAUGAGAUGUUCUCCUCUGCUCGCUUAUUCGAAGUUGGCAGGAAACGACCAACUGAUGAUGAUUCCGAUCCAGAGGAUGGAGGUGACUCAGAGGACGACGAUGAUGAAGACGACGACGAGUCGGAUGUUGAUGUUAUCCUUGGGUCGCUUGGGGACACAGAUUCUGACGAGGAUCCAGGCAAUAGCAGCGAUGAUGGUGGCGGUGAUGACGACGAUGAUGAGGAUAUGGAUAGCGAGGAUGACUAUGACGACGAUGACAAUGAAGGAGACUUCGAUGUGGGAGAAGGGCUGCUGGAGAUCAUGGGUGGCGGUGAUGGUGAUGAGAGCGAUAUGAUCGAAUCCUUUAGCAGCGGUGAUGAAGAAGCCUGGAUCAUGUAAGAGUAGAUGAUUCUGUUUUAGCACAGUGGCGAUGACAUCGCUUGGAUGCAGGAACAUGACUAGGAUCAGAACACCGAUUGUCUUUGGUUCGCGCACACAAAUCCAAGUUCUCAAUUCAAUCCAAAGUUUUGGGUCCACGCAAUGAGCUCCACUACACGGUGUGAUGUUGAAUCACAUUAAUGACUUGAACACACUUUCAGCUUUAAGGUAGCUGCUUAUUGAAGGAUGGCACAAGAAACUUACAAAGAAUUUUCGAAGAUAAAUAAGUGGGUAGGCUACAGUGUGCGCUUAUUGAAGAGAACUACUAUCAAAGAUCUGCCAAGGCAGAAAGAUUUGUACAAUGUGCACUGUUUGUGGUUAUGUUCAUAGAGUUCUUGAAGUAAAAUUGCUUUGCUGUGCCUUAAAGGUGAUCUACCCUUGAAGAUCGGGACUCCUGGAAACAUCUUCUGUAACUUUGUCCUUUUCUGCGAGAAGUUAGCAGGGGCUGCGUGCGGCUCUUUUGGCACCUUUUUUUCUUCUUCUGAUCUGACAACUUUCUGCAUAUGAAUGGUGAGAAGUUAAAGCAAGUCCGAGGAGGAAAUUUACAGUGCGUUAGCAAUUAUAGCAUACCUGUGUAAUCUUUUUUGACGGUGAGAGAACAAAACCCACAGGCGGGAGCCAGGCUGACUCACUGGGCUAGGAACCUGUGUAAAUUUUGAUAGUUUGUAUAUCCCCUUUGUUUUUUUGAGAGGAAGGCUAAUAUAUUACCACAAAACAGGGGUGGCAAUAUCCUUUUUUGAGAGGAAGGCUAAUA